UUCCCGCGCCCCCCGCGACCCCCCGGGACCCCCCGGGACCCUCCGGGACCCCCGCCAUGGAGGAGGUGACCCCCCCGGAUCUUCUGCCCUUCCUCCUGCAGAACUGGGGUGCUCAGGAGGCGGGGGGGGCAGCGCCGUUCGUGGAGAUCCUGGAGCAGCCCAAGCAGCGCGGGAUGAGGUUCCGCUACAAGUGCGAGGGGCGCUCGGCCGGGAGCAUCCCCGGGGAGCACAGCACCGAGACCACCAAGACCCACCCCACCAUCCGCGUGAACAACUACCGGGGCCCGGGGCGGGUGCGGGUGUCGCUGGUGACCAAGGACCCCCCCCACCGCCCCCACCCCCACGAGCUGGUGGGCAAGGACUGCAAGGACGGCUUCUACGAGGCCGAGCUGUGCCCCGAGCGCAGCAUCCACAGUUUCCAGAAUUUGGGAAUUCAGUGCGUGAAGAAGCGGGAGCUGGAGGCGGCGGUGGCCGAGCGGAUCCGCACCAAUAACAACCCCUUCAACGUGCCGGCCGAGCAGCGCGGGGGCGAGUACGACCUGGCCGCGGUCAGGCUCUGCUUCCAGGUGUGGGUGAGGGGCCCGGGGGGGCUGCGGCCCCUCCCCCCCGUCCUGUCCCAGCCCAUCUACGACAACCGUGCCCCCAGCACGGCCGAGCUGCGGAUCUGCCGCGUCAAUCGCAACUCCGGGAGCUGCCGGGGCGGGGACGAGAUCUUCCUGCUGUGUGACAAGGUCCAGAAAGAGGACAUCGAGGUUCGUUUCUCGGCCGAGGGUUGGGAGGCCAAGGGCUCGUUCGCGCAGGCCGACGUUCACCGCCAGGUCGCCAUCGUCUUCCGCACGCCGCCCUUCCGGGACCCCGCGCUGCGCGCCCCGGUCACCGUCCGCAUGGAGCUGCAGCGGCCCUCGGACCGGCAGCGCAGCGCCCCGGUGGACUUCAGAUACCUGCCCCACCAGGGGGACCUGCAGUGCAUCGAGGAGAAGCGCAAGCGGACGCGGGAAACCUUCCGCUCCUUCGUCCAGCGCAGCCCCCUGCCCGCUCCGGCAUCCACCGAGUCGCGGCCCCCCCGGCGCAUCGCGGUGCCCUCGAGACCCCCCCCGGCCCCCCAGAACCCCCCCAGUGGGGCUCCCUCCUUCUCUUUUGGGGGGCCGGGGGGGCUUUUGGGGGGCCCGGCCCCCCCCGAACCGGAGCCUUUGGCCGAGGCGCUGCUGCAGCUGCAAUUUGAGGAGGGGUCCACCCAAAUCGGGGGGGGCAGCGCGGCCCCCCCGUUGGAUUUUGGGGCUAUUUUGGGGGACCCCCCGUUCCCCCCCCUGGACACCAUCAACGCCUCCGAGGUUCAGCGCCUGCUGGACCCCCCCGAGCCCCCCCCGGAUUUUGGGGAGGGGGUUCCAGAGCUGCCCCCCCCGGAUUUCGGGGGUCCCCCCAUGCUGAUGUCGUACCCCGAGGCCAUCGCCCGCCUGGUGCAGAGCCAGCCCCCGGGGGGGACCCCCGAAAUGGGGCUGGGGACCGAGCUGGGGGGGACCCCCGAGCUGGGGGGGCUGGGGGGGCUGGGGGGGGGUCCCGAGGAUUCGCUGCCCUCCCUGGGGGAGCUGGACUUCAGCACCUUCCUCAGCCAGUUCCCCUCCUCCUGACUGGGACGGACUGGGAUGGACUGG